GCGCAGAAAGGCAGCUGAUAUGCGUCCGCAACGUUCGAGAGCGUAGUGCUGAAUUCGGGAAGCAUGAUUUUGCCAUUCAUUUAUGGUGUUCACCGGCUUCAUGGAAUUUACUCGUCUGUGAUGAAAAACCGGCCGGACUAGGUGAGAUCAAGUUAAGAUGCUCUUUUGUGAUGUAAUCUUCCCGAAGGCUAAACAAACAGCGUUUUGAGAAAGUUCCGAUGCAAGGACAGUUGGUUUGUCCUUGGUCGACGAAGACCCUCGACCGUUCCUGUUCUGUGAAGCAUCAGUCAAACAUGGAGCGAAGUUUUGUGAUAAUUGUUUUGCUAUGCAUCAAGUGCGCUUACGUUUCUGCGCUUGAUUCGAACGGAGCAGAAUAUGCAGCAGAGACGUCUCGUCUCAACGAACUCGUAGCGAACGCUGUUCGGGAUUCCGCAUCAUCCUCUGUCCAAGAUGAUCCUUCCUUGAACAACCUCCUGUCUGUUCUCGGAUCCUCUGCAUUUGACAAUACAUCUGGCCAGGAAUACGUACACGAUUUGCAGAGUAACAUUCAGCAAACCUUGGCAGAAAAUAAUGUUGGUUUCGAAGAUUCUUCAAGCGGUGCGAGUUCAACGUAUGAGGAACCAUCGUCAACUUAUGCGCCUCCUCUGUCGUCAACAUAUGAACCGCCGCCUUCCAGUUAUGGUUCACCUCCAUCGACGUAUGAACCUCCGCCGUCAUCUUACGGUCCACCUCCAUCGACGUAUGCGCCUCCUCCGUCGUCCUCUUAUGGUCCACCUCCGUCAUCAACUUACGCGCCUCCUUCUUCCUCCUAUGGUCCUCCGCCUACGUCAACAUAUGCACCUCCUUCUUCGUCGUAUGGUCCACCAUCUACUUCAUAUGGCCCACCUUUGCCAUCUUACGGCUCCUCUACGACCCCAGUCCCCACUUAUCUGCGGCCACCGUCCCGUCCACCCGUUUACAAUCCUUACUUUGUGCCGAUCUACUUCAAUCCUCAGCCAACCUACAGACCACCGGUGACCACAACUAGUCCACCUGUGUAUCAGCCUCCUGCUAACACUUACUCGCCCCCUUCAUCUUCCUACGGCCCACCUUCAUCGACGUAUGCGCCUCCUUCGUCUUCAUAUGGUCCACCUUCAUCUACGUAUGCGCCUCCUUCGUCUUCAUAUGGUCCACCUUCAUCUACGUAUGCGCCUCCUUCGUCUUCAUAUGGUCCGCCGUCUUCCUCGUAUGGCCCGCCGUCUUCUACGUACGCACCUCCUCCUUCUUCCUCGUAUGGCCCGCCUUCGUCCACGUACGCACCUCCUCCGUCUUCCUCGUAUGGCCCGCCUUCGUCCACGUACGCACCUCCUCCGUCUUCGUCUUAUGGCCCUCCCUCGUCGACGUACGCACCUCCGUCCUCAACAUAUGGGCCUCCAUCGUCGACGUACACACCUCCGUCUUCAUCAUAUGGGCCGCCUUCUUCAACUUACGCGCCACCACCGUCAACUUAUGCCCCGCCACCAGGCCCACCCGUAUACCGUCCACCGCCGAAUCAGUUUUUUAACCCGGGAUUUGGACGUCCUCGUCUUCAUCAUAUGGGCCGCCUUCUUCAACUUACGCGCCACCACCGUCAACUUAUGCCCCGCCACCAGGCCCACCCGUAUACCGUCCACCGCCGAAUCAGUUUUUUAACCCGGGAUUUGGACGUCCACAGUCUCCGUUCUUCCAGGGUAGUCCGCCAGUCAAACAUGGAUCGAAGUUUUGUGAUAAUUGUUUUGCUAUGCAUCAAGUGCGCUUACGUUUCUGCGCUUGAUUCGAACGGAGCAGAAUAUGCAGCAGAGACAUCUCGUCUCAACAAACUCGUCGCGAACCCUGUUCGGGAUUCCGCAUCAUCCUCUGUCCAAGAUGAUCCUUCCUUGAACAACCUCCUGUCUGUUCUCGGAUCCUCUGCAUUUGACAAUACAUCUGGCCAGGAAUACGUACAUGAUUUGCAGAGUAACAUUCAGCAAACCUUGGCAGAAAAUAAUGUUGGUUUCGAAGAUUCUUCAAACGGUGCCAGUUCGACGUAUGGGGAACCAUCAUCAACUUAUGCACCUCCUCUGUCAUCGACAUAUGAACCGCCGCCUUCCAGUUAUGGUUCACCUCCAUCAACGUAUGAACCUCCGCCGUCAUCUUACGGUCCACCUCCAUCGACGUAUGCGCCUCCUCUGUCGUCCUAG